GCUAAUAAGCAUCCAACCAAUAAUUCUUUGCAACUAUGAGUACAAAAAUUUUAGUGUGAAGCAAAGAAAGUAACUUUUCGGAAAUGGAGGACAACAUUAAACAGAGUAAUAAGUUAAAUAACGUGCAUUCUUACGAUGGUGCGGGCGAAAGAACACCGUUAUUGCGACAGCUCGCUGAUUCCAGCUUAUUGUCAAGUGAGAAUGGUGACUGUGAUUCAAUCCUUUUCCAUGACAGUCAGAAUUCUUUUAUGGACAGCUCAUCAGUUAACAGAAGAAUAUCUGUUGGCAUGUCCAAUCUCCUUUCUCAAAAAUAUGAAAGUUUAGAUUAUGAUAUCUGUGAAAAUACGCUUUUCAUUGAAGAAAAAAGUAGAAAGCCUGAUAUCUGUCCAGUUAAACCAGAAAAGCCAGCAAAACGGUGUUCAUCUUUCUUCCAACUUGAUCCUCACACUUCUACUUCUAUUUUAAGGUGGUUUGUGAUAUGCUUAAUAGGAAUUUUGACUGCCUUUGUUGGUGUGAUGAUAACUAUUGCCAUUGAAAAAAUUUCAGAAAAAAAGUUUGCAUUUUUAAAAAACCAGGUUGAUAAUUGCCAUGCCUAUACAGAUCUCAUAAAACCAUAUUCUUAUUGGUUGCUAUUUUCUGCUAUCCCCGUUGCCUUUGGAUCGUUCUUGGUUGUGUUUAUUGCACCUGUUGCUGCUGGCAGUGGAAUCCCUGUCAUAAAAUGUUACUUAAAUGGAGUUAAAGUUCCAGAAGUCGUUCGGUUAAAAACAUUGAUUGUAAAAGCAAUUGGUGUUGUGACAUCAGUUGUUGGAGGAUUAGCGGUUGGAAAAGAAGGACCAAUGAUUCAUUGUGGAGCAGUAAUAGCGGCUGGAAUUUCUCAAGGGAAAAGCACAUCGCUAAGGAAAAAUUGCAAGAUUUUUGAGCAAUUUCGAGAAGAUCAUGAGAAAAGAGACUUUGUAUCUGCUGGUGCAGCUGCAGGGGUUGCCGCUGCUUUUGGUGCUCCAGUUGGUGGAGUACUUUUCAGUUUAGAAGAAGGAGCUAGCUUUUGGAAUCAAUCACUUACGUGGCGUAUAUUUUUUUGCUCGAUGAUAUCAUAUUUUACUCUGAACAUCACUUUGUCCGCCACUAAUAAUCAUCCUGGGGCAUUGUCUUAUCCUGGGUUAAUAAAUUUUGGUAAAUUUGAUAACCUUGAUUACUCAGUCGAAGAACUUCCUUUAUAUGUAUUAAUGGGUGUGAUAGGUGGUUUGUUUGGUGCUUUUUACAACCAUAUGAAUUACAUACUUACUGUUUUUCGUAUGCGGUAUGUGAAACAUCCUGUUGCUCGCAUUUUUGAAGUAAUCAUGGUGAGCAUGGUUGGUGUCACCAUUGCUUUUCUGAUGACUUUUAUCUAUUCUGGCCCUGAUGAUUGCUUAGAUAUCCAGUAUCCUAUUCAAGACAAGGACAAAUCAUUGGUUACGCUGAAUUGUGAAGCAGGUACAUUCAAGAAAGUUUGGUCGAUAUGGUUUCAAACUCCUGAAGGUUGCCUUAGAAGCCUUCUCCACGAUUCAGAUGCCAUAUGGAGUUUUAUGACUUUGGGAUUGUUCUUCCUUGCUUACUUCUUUCUUGGUUGCUGGACUUAUGGAUUAAGUGUAUCUAGCGGACUUUUUAUUCCAACUCUAAUGAUUGGAGCAGCUUGGGGUAGAAUUUUCUGUUAUGGAAUUGUGACAAUAUGGACGAAACUUGACCUUGAUGCUAGCUCUUUAUGCUAUUCAAAAUUUGCUAUUGUUGGAGCUGCAGCAAUGUUAGGUGGCGUAGUAAGGAUGACCAUCAGUUUGACAGUUAUUUUAAUGGAAGCUAUUGGAAAUAUUACCUUUGGAUUACCUAUCAUGAUAGCAGUUAUGGUUGCAAAAUGGAUUGGGGACAUCUUUAAUGAGGGUGUGUAUGAUAUUCAUAUUCAAUUGGCAAGUGUGCCAUUCUUAGGAUGGGAACCUCCUCCGCAUUCAUAUACAAUAUUUGCAAGUGAAGUAAUGAGCUAUCCUGUAGUUUGCUUACGAACUAUAGAGAAAGUUGGCAAUAUUGAACGUAUAUUAAAAACAGAAUCACACAAUGGAUUUCCAGUUGUUGAUGUUUCAGAUGAUUCAUAUGACAAUACUCAUACAUUUGGAACUUAUCGUGGAGUCAUAUUAAGGUGGCAAUUAAUCGUAUUACUUCAGCACAAGGUUUUUAAUGAAAUGGCAGAGCAAGUUUGGAUAGAGCAAAAACUAGGAUUGAAAGAUUUUCGAGAUUCUUAUCCUCGUCAUCCUACGAUUCAGCAAAUUCAUAUCUCUCCGAAGGAGAGAAAUUUUAUGAUUGAUUUGAGACCUUACAUGAAUUCAUCAGCAUAUACCAUUUCUCAUAGGGCAUCUUUACCUCGGAUUUUUAGAUUAUUUAGAGCCCUUGGACUAAGACAUCUUCCUGUCAUAGAUGAAAAAAAUUCUGUUGUCGGCAUUGUUACCAGAAAAGAUAUCGCAAGGUUUAGAGCUGGAAAGCAUGGAAAAUCAGGGCUUGAAGAACUUCAAAUAUCCUAUGGAUAGAAAUGUUUCGACUUUUUUUUUUAAAUUGAUGACUUAAUUUUAAACUUUUAUUUGUGGGAACAUUUGCUAGACUUGUGUCAUUGACACAGUUGAAGCUGUGAAGUUUUAUUGCGAAGAUGAUUUCCAAUGCAUGGGAUGAUUGCAUAUGUGCAUUUUCAGAGCUGUGAUAUGUUGAUACUAAUCAGUAUAUGUGAUUAUGAUUGUUGCACUGUAACUGAUUUAUUCAGUUUUACUUUAAUGGUUUUAAAGAAAAACUAAAAUGGUUUUUAAUUUUUUGUCGAAAAGGAUAUUAAUAACCUUGAUGUGUUUUUACCUAAGUAUUACUCAGGGGCUCCCACCUGGGGGGGGGGGGGGGAUCAUGGUGCAGGGCUGUGCCAUUGAAACUUUUAGGGGUAUUUUCUUUGUUUGAGAAGGGCUCUUGCUCACAUGGGUGGUCUUAGUAGUAUUUGGGAGGAGGUGCCUUUGCUCUAGGAGGGAUAGGCACCCCUGUAUUACUGUUGAUGAAGAACAAUCAGUUAUAGGUUAUUAACUGAACAAUUUCUUUUUACUUGAUCAUUUUAUAUAGCAUAUAAAUGGAUCAUUUGAAGCUAAAUAUCAUUCGUUACUUUAAAUUAAAGUGAUAGUUAAAUUUUUAUUUCAAUUUUUUUUUCAUUCAUUUCUGUAAAGUAUAGUUAGUGAAUACUUAUUUAAAAAAAGUGUGAAGUUUUAACAAUCUCAAAAGAACUUUUUUCUCAAGUCAUUAAGGCAAGAACAUUAUAAAUGCUAAUAGUUUUGGAAUGAAUGCAAUAUUGUGCACAAAAAUCAACUCAAUACUAAAAUUGUGGUUGAGAGUGGCAAUUAAUUUUAAUCUUGAUUGUUACAGAGGUAUUUGCAUCAACCGUAGUAAGAAGGGUAAAAAAUAUUAAUGUGUUGCAUACAGUGCUGUAGUGGAGGGAGAGGAGGGGGGGCAGACCCUUAAAUGUUUGAUUUUUUAUUGUAAAAAUAUUGGAAAUAUAAUGUAAAUUGGUAUCAAACCACAUAUUCUGCUGGUAAGUCUCCCAAACCCCAAGGCAAUUCCCCUAAGCACCCCCCCCCCCCAACUACAGCACUGGUUAUAUACCAUUGUAUGUUUCAUGGUAUUGUUUUAUGCCACAAGGACAAAUUGGUAUUCUUUUACUUGUCCCUUAGUGGCUAAAACUGAACAUUAGCAAAAGAAAUCGAAUUUUAUUGAAAUCUUUUAUAAAUCAAUAGUUUUUUUUAAUUGAAAUUGAUAAGUUUAGCAGCA